AAAUAGAUGGAGAGAGUAUUUUCCACACGGCAAAUACGGAGAAAACACUGUUUGUAUGGGCUUUGCUUUGCGCUUAAGUUUGCACUUAGCAGGCCUAAAGUUAAACUGGGCCAAUCACCUACCGGUUUACUCUUCACUCAAUCCGAACUCCGAAAAUCGAGAUUCGAGAAGGUUCGCGCGAGAAACCUUUCGUGCUCGAUGCUUCCAGAACCCAUCGAUCUCCCAAAAACGAAUGCUCAAAAACUAUCCAUCCAUCCUCCGAUCCGCCAUGCGGAACCUCCGAUUCGCCUCUCCAAAAUCCAAAGCAAAGCUAACCCACUCUGCGAGUGCGCCACCGCGACCCACCCCCACUCCGGCGAGCCAAUGGACGUCCUGAAGCGCGAGCUACAGCGGAAGCGCCAGCUGCUCGACGCCGACUUCGGCGGCCGCAAGCUCCUCCGCCGCGCCGAGAUCGAGCGCCGCGAGAUGGAGCGGAUCCGGGAGGCCGAGCGCCGGCUCCUCCUCCAGAAGCAGCUCCGGUCCUCCUCCUCCCACCACCGCGCCGCGUCGCGCUCCACGACCACGCCGGGGGCUCCCGACGGCGACGAGUCGUCGCGGACCGAGCACCGCGGCGACGGGGAGGAGAAGGAGGGCGCGCCGCUCCUCCCCAGGGAGGAGGUCAUCCGGCGCCUGCGCGUGCUGCGCCAGCCGGCCACGCUCUUCGGCGAGGACGACGCCGCGCGCCUCCGCCGCCUCCACGCCGUGCUCGAGGACCCCGCGGCGCUCGCCGACGUCGAAGCGGCGGAGAUCGGGGAGGGCCAGACCAACGACUUCCUCCGCGACAUCCAGGCGCUGCGGGCGAAGGCCGUUGCGGCGUCGGCGUCGGCGGCGGCGAAGCCCAAGGCUGGCGCUGCAACUGCAGAGAGCGGGGGCGAGACGAGGGAGGAGGUGCCGUUCGAGGAGCUCUGCGACGAGGACAAGAUCAUGACCUUCUUCAAGAGGCUGAUGAGCGAGUGGAGCCAGGAGAUGGACGAGAUGCCCGAGGCGGAGAGGCGGACGGCGAAAGGGAAGGCUGCGGUGGCCACCUGCAAGCAGUGCGCGCGCUAUCUCGAGCCGCUGUUCAAGCUGUGCAAGAAGAAGCAUGAAGAUGUUGACAGACAGAAGCUGGUAAUCAUCAUACAUUCCGGCGAACAAGACAGCAGAUAUUACAUGUUGCAGAUUAUGCUUUUAGGAAGUUCGAUAAUUCCUUCAUGAUUUCCCUGGAUUAACCUACUACCUUCCCUCCGGAUGAUAAUGUCAGAGAAUGUGCUCUCUGUGAUCACCACUAAGGUUAUUUUGUGUUACUUGUGGCAACUUAUUUUCUGUAUGCUAGUGUGUUCCCACUGGAAUUAUGGGUAGUUUUUCUUGAAAUGGAUUGUUUAACGUUGCCAAUGCUUGCUGAAUUGUUCAAAAUUGCCAGUGCUUGCCAUCAUAGGACCUGCUCUGCAGUAUGAUCCAAGAAAAUUAUUUGCUGCUACUAUUCUUCACCUACAGUUGCCUCAUUAAUCCAAACUUUUUCCUUCUUGAUGUACCCAAAUAUAAUGGGUGUGAACAAUUCUGAAUCACCUUGCUAAUUCCUUCCACAUUUUGAUGAAUCCAAUUAUCCCAUGACAGACCCUGCCCGAAGAUGUCCGUGGAUCAUUGCUGGAGGUGGUGAGGUGCUGCAUGAGACGGGACUACUUGGCGGCGGUGGACAACUACAUCAAGCUCGCCAUCGGCAACUCGCCGUGGCCGAUCGGCGUCACGAUGGUGGGCAUCCACGAGCGCUCGGCGCGCGAGAAGAUCUACGCCAACAGCGUGGCGCACAUCAUGAACGACGAGACGACCAGGAAGUACCUGCAGUCCGUGAAGAGGCUGAUGACCUUCUGCCAGAGGAAGUACCCGACGGACCCGUCCAGGUCGGUGGAGUUCAACAGCCUGGCCAACGGCAGCGACCUGCAGUCCCUCCUGGCGGAGCAGAACUCCAAGAACUCGGAGGAGACGCUUCGGCUGGUGGCCGCGUCGUGACGAUGGAGGAACCUGUCCGCGUGUGGUGGAAUUGAUGGUGGUCUCCUCUUUACGCCCGUUAGCAAUUUGCCAUUGCACUUUGCACAUUAGUAAUUGGAAAUCAUUACAGGCGUGCUGCUGGCGUGCUUCCUCGCUGAUUAUAAAUUGCACAUUGGUACACCAUCUAGUCGUCCUUGACUGUCAAUUACUCAAUUGCCGCUGUGAUUAAAUUACAGGCGUGUGCUGCUGGACUGUGUAUUCAGUUAUCCACUAUAUCCUGUCGCCCUUGGAGGCUUGGACUGUGUUAAUUGGAAUGAUGAUUAGUGGUGGUGUUGCCUUGUUGGACAUCGAUCA